AUGUCUUCUUUCACCGAUCUCUACUCCGUGAAGCCCUUCAAAACUCAAUGGAGAGUUUACGUGAAGAUAUUGAAGGUGUGGAAACAAUAUUUGAAUGGUGUAGAGACGUUGGAAAUGGUUGUUGUUGAUGAGAAGAAUCAAACCAUGCAUGUAACUUUGAAGAAGGAGUUCAUCAAGAAAAAUGAAAAUCUGUUAGAGGAAGGUGCCUCUAGAAUUAUCACAAAUUUUCAAGUGGCUCAUAACGGUGAAGAAAUGGAUCCAAGAAUCUUAGGUUUCAAGUUCGUCAAGUUUAGUGAUAUUCACGAAGGCAAAAUGAAUCCAGAUUUCUUGAUAGAUGCUAUUGGACAAAUUGUGAGCAUUGGGGAUAUGGAGAUCUUGAAUGUUGGAAAGAGACAGACAAAGAGGCUUUCUAUGGAGAUCCGUGAUACAGAUGUGGCUCAACAUGCAAAUGAUGCUGUGAUCGUUGCUGUUUUGCGGUUUGGAAAGUUAAAGCUUUAUCAAGGUGUUUGGAGUGUUGGCAAUUGCUACAACUGUUCAAUGGUCAUUACUGAUCCAGUCUUCCCAGAGAGUUUGGCUUUUAAAGAGAGAUUGCCAAAAGAUAGUUUAACCCUGACCCAUACCCAUCCAAAUCAGUUGACUAUUGUCAAUUCUGUAUCAGUAAGGGACGAUUUCUUCUUGCAUAGUCCUCGAAGGACUAUUAGCGAGAUUAUUGCUGCUUCUGAGGUUGUCAAAUGUGUUACCAUGGCCACAAUUAUGUCUAUUGACACUGAGUUUGGUUGGUAUUACAUGUCAUGCGGAGCCUGUGCUAAAAAGAUUCAGGAUCCUAAUGUCUUGCCCUUGGCUUUGAGCAAUAUUUGUGGUAAAACGUUUCUCUUCAAGAUUGCAAUUGCAAGUUCAAAUAUUGUUUUCAAUAGUGACACAUACAAGAGCACUCCAAGUAUCAAGAUAGAGGAAAAAGCUCACAAUACUCUUGAUGGAAAGGUUCCUCUAAUGAUUAUGGAUGAUGAUGAUUCUGAAAUUACACCUACUUCUAAGCGCAAGACCAAUGAAAAGAUGGAAGUGAUUAAGGAUACUGAUGAGUAUUCGGCUGCAAAGAAGAAGUGUAAGGAUGAGAAAACUGUUGAGACUAAUCGAAGUAUUCUGACUCUUAAGACCGUGAAGACAGAGAAGCCAUGA